CUUGAAAUUUCAUUCGUUGAUUUUUCUAUCCAGUCGCCAGUAUCGCGCAACUCUUCGUAGUGGAAGUAACUCGAUAUGGCUCAUAGCACGACUAUCAUUCUUUUGUUAUCGGUGUUCCUUCACAUCAUUUUGGUGAAUGCAGAAACCCUUGAUAAAAAGACUGUCGAAGGCAUGCUUUUGAAGAUGCUUUGGACGAAAGUAUACCGUGGCCAUGACGCCGAAACGAAGGAACAUAUAAUCCGACAUCUGAAAAAAAUGGGUGAUUUCGACCAAUUAGUCAUGCUCUUGACUAAGGUCAAGAAAAAAAAAGUGGAAAGGGUCAUAACCUUGUUGGCAGAAAUUAUGCAGAUCUAUAUGGAAUAAAAUAUUUGUAUGACCUCAUUGGUAAUUUAUU